AUGAGCGGCACACCGAGAAAGGAUAACAAAGAUGAGGAUUCAUAUUUCGAGACCGCGACGAAAGUCAUAGGCGUGGUUGGAGCCAUUGGAGCGGCCGUGAGUCUAUUCUCGUGGAUAAGCUCAGGCUCGGAAGAGAAGAGACCGGAAGAGAAGUUGAUGAAGGCUCCUGGAGGAGGUGGUCGUAGCAUUCCUAGGGCACCUUUCGAAGCCAACCCGAGAGACCACUUCACGAACCAGCGUCGGCUAAAUAAGGAAAGGAAAAUGGGAAAUUAUGAUCAGUUCUAA